AUGCGGUUCAGGAAUAACCAAACGAACAUAUGUCUAAUAAGAGCGCCAUUGCUGAGUUUGCUAACAGUAGAAGCAGGGACGCCGAUAUGGCUUAAGCCGUUUAAAAGUCCCCUGGAGGGACAUACGCCAGUAGGGAUCAGCGAGGAAUCGCAGAGGAAAACCUUGGGAUGUAGAAUAAGGACGGACACGAAGUCGUUUCUGAAGGACUUCAGAACAGGCACAUACGAAGAGAAGAGGGAAGUGAUAGAAGAUCUGCCGCCAGAUAACCCACUGGUGCUGUACACGUCGGCGCCGGAAGACCCAGUGCAAGUGACAAUCAAGGUGGAUUCGAUACUGUCGAGGUUCCUGAGGGACCACCAGAGGCAGGGAGUGCAGUUCAUAUUCGACUGCCUCAUGGGACUGAAGGACUUUGAAGGAAGAGGAUGCAUACUGGCGGACGACAUGGGCCUGGGAAAAACGCUGCAAAGCAUCACAGUGAUGUGGACGCUGCUGAAUCAAGGGCUGGACAACAAGCCAGGUAAGAAGGAAAAAAGAAACUGGAGCGUAGCGGCGAGGAAGUGCGCAAUCAUAUGCCCAGCGAGCCUGGUAAACAACUGGGAAAGCGAAAUAAAAAAGUGGCUGCGAGGAAAGUGCCCAUGCACAGCAAUAGCGGACUCGAGCAGAGAGAGAGUUAUCUCAUCAUUUGAAGGAUUUAAGUACGACAGAAACUCGCGAGUGAUCAUAUCAUCGUACGAGACGUACCGAAUGCACUGCGGGUACCUGGAAGGAGUAAACAUAGACCUCUUGAUUUGCGACGAAGCACACAGACUAAAAAACGAUAAAACGAGGACGUCACAGAGCAUAUCAGCGUCAUCAGCAAAGAUGAGGCUGAUGCUGAGUGGUACGCCAAUACAGAACGACCUGAACGAGUUCUAUUCACUCAUAUCGCUAUGCAACCCAGACGUACUGGGCGACGUAAACAAUUUUAGAAAGAAUUUUGCAAAUCCGAUAUUGAUUGGAAGGGAGCCAGACGCAACACCAGCUGAACAGCAAAAGGCCUCUGAAAGGUUACUGGAGUUGUCAAACAUAACAAACCAGUUUGUACUGAGGAGAACGAACGCACUAUUGGCGAAAGUGUUACCUCCAAAGAUAAUAAUGAAUGUAUUUUGCAAGUUAUCGGACGUUCAAAAGAAGCUAUACAGAUCAUUUAUAACCUCUAAAAAGUGUAAGAAUAUGAUAAAUCAAGAAACGGUCCCGAAAAGCGGGCUCACAGCAAUACAGUCACUAAUGAAGCUGUGUAACCACCCGUACCUACUAAAGAAGGGAGGAGUGCUGUCGUCACCGGACGUGGACAGUUUGCUCACAGCAAUAGAGGACAACUCGAAGAACAAGUACAAAAAUUGUAGAUCGGACCUCUCGGGAAAGUUCCUACUGCUGUUUAGACUGCUCUACCACAUCAGAAGAAGCAGCAACGACAGAGUGGUGAUCAUCAGUAACUACACGCAGACACUAGACCUGUUCGAGAGGCUGUGCAAGGAGUGUAAGUACCCCUUUGAAAGACUGGACGGAGCAACGAGCAUAAAGAAGAGACACAAGCUGGUGACGUCAUUCAAUGACCCGAACUCAAACAGCUUCAUAUUCCUGCUGAGCUCAAAGGCGGGAGGCUGCGGAAUAAACCUGAUCGGAGCGAAUAGACUAGUGCUGUUCGACCCAGACUGGAACCCAGCAAACGACAAGCAGGCACUGGCGCGCGUAUGGAGAGACGGCCAGAACAAAGUGUGUUACAUCUAUAGGUUCUUCAGCAGUGGAACCAUAGAGGAGAAGAUAUACCAGGUGAGUUCCCAGUGCAGAUUACGUUGGACACAGAGGCAAAUAUGCAAGGACGGACUGAGCUCGAUGCUGGUAACAGAUGGAACAAAUGAACUGAAGGACAGUCUGUCAGGAGAGCUGCUGAAAAACAUAUUUGACUACAAGGAGGAAGUCAUUUCUGACACUCACGAUCUGAUAGAAUGUAAAAGGUGCUACACAGAAGAAGGGCAGUUACCACAUGUGCCUCAGUUGAAGGAAUUUCUAGAAGAUGACUUGAACACAUGGGCACACCACGCCGAUCUGACCACAGUGCCAGACGAGUAUCUGGUCAAGGCAGCACUGAGCAAAGAACCAGCAGUGGAAUACGAAGACGCAGAAGUGGACGUGAACUUCAUGCCAGUCUCGUUUGUAAUGAGUUGUAGAAUAGAAUUUGAAAAGGUGCAAGAGACACCGGAAGUGGAAAUGAAAGCAAAGAAAAUUGUUAAGUCGGAAACAGUGUCGACGGCGUUCAACUCAGAAAGCGAAGAUGAAUACGUGCCGGAAGAAGAUAACCUCUUCAGCUCAGACGAGGAAGACUAG